AUGCGUUUCACUAUUGCCGGUCUUCUCUCCCUGGCUAUGGCCGUGGCUGCUAUCCCAAGCCCCGAAGGGGAAGCAUGCUACCACGUCGAUGUCAGCCCACAAUGCGGCAAUCAGAUCUUCGCCUGUUGUUCGGACAUCUAUAUCAGCACCGAGAAGAGACAGUUGGACACACUUGUUGCUGGCCUUGUUGGUACCGUUGACGGACUCCUUGGUACCCUAAGCAUGGGCGGUGAUACUAAAAACUGCUACAACCACAAAAACCAAGGCGCAGUAUGCCAAGGCACUGUCGCCUGCUGCCCAGGCAAUGGCAACAAGUGCGUUGCUGUCUCUGACGAUGCAUACAAGCACCAUGACUAA